AUGUUUUUGAAGGCAGGCAGAGGGAAAAAAAUAACAACAGUGAGGAUAUAUGGGCCUGAUUGUGUAGUACUGAUGGAGCCCCCUUUGAGCAAGAGGAAUCCGCCGGCGCUGAGAUUAGCAGAUUUGGCAGCGACUCAGCCCCAUCCGCAUCAGAGUAUGACAGGCUUCCCCGGACUGGGGAGUCAACCCGCUCACUCCCACCACCACGCUGCAGCCGCAGCCGCCGCCGCAGCCGCUGCAGCUCACCUACACCCCCGAGAUCUGGGGAGUGACCCCGGAGUGGCCCUCACUCCGUUCGGACCUGAGCACAUGGCUCAGGCAAACGCGCUCAAACUCAGCCCUCCCUCCCAGCCGCUCCCAGCGCACCCAGAAGCCCAGGCGGUUGCAGCUGCCACUGCCGCGUUCGCCUUGAAGUCCGGCGCGGGCAACUACCCCAGCGGUGGGGGCAGUGCAGCACAAUCUGCACCUCCUCCCCCAGCCCCUCCUCUUCCCUCCUCCUCUUCCCCCUCUCCUCCUCCCCCUCCCCCUCCCCUUCCUCCUCCUCCUCCUCCUCCUUCUGCCCUCUCGGGCUACACCGCCACCAACAGUGGUGGCGGCGGCUGCGGCGGCAGUGGCAGCAUUAGCGGCAGCAGCAAGACCAACAGCAGGGACUUCAUCCUCAGGAGGGAUCUUUCCACCACGGCCCCUGCUGCUGCCAUGCACGGGGCGCUUGGAGGGGAGCAGCAUUCCAGGGCAGGCUCCCCCCAGCACCCACCCCCGCCUCCCCACUCUAGCAGCAUGUUUAUCUCCUCAACAGGAGCCUAUGCAGCGCCGGAUGGGUCUGGAGGAGGAGGCGGCGGGGGUCCCACACUGUUCCCUGGGCUGCAUGAGCCAUCUGGGGCCCCUGGGAGCCACCCCCACCCGCUGAAUGGCCAGAUGCGCCUGGGUCUGGCUGCGGCGGCCGCGGCGGCUGCGGAACUGUAUGGUCGUGCGGAGCCGCCCUUUGGACCCCGUUCUGGAGACUCGCACUACGGGGCAGCAGCGGCCGCGGCUGCAGCCGCAGCGGCCGCGGCAGCUUCCCUACACAGCUACGGCUCCUUGAACUUAAACCUGAACCUGGCAGCAGCAGCGGCGGCGGCGGCAGCCGGGCACGGGCAUCACCAUCAUCACCACCACCCUCCACCACCCGCACCUCCACCACCUCCGCCUCCUCCGCCUCCUCCUGCUCACCACCCCCACCAUCACCACCCCCACCAUCCCGGGGCGGCAGCCGCAGCCGCUGCGGUGGCUGCGGGGGCCUUCCUCCGGUACAUGAGGCAGCCAAUCAAGCAGGAGCUGAUCUGCAAGUGGAUCGACCAGGAAGAGCUGCAGCAGCAGCAGCAGCAACAGCAGCAGCAGCAGCAUCCGCCGCCCCCCGCCUCAAAGCCUUGCUCCAAAACUUUCAGCACCAUGCACGAGCUGGUGAACCAUGUCACCGUGGAGCACGUGGGGGGCCCGGAGCAGAGCAGCCACGUCUGCUACUGGGAAGACUGUCCCAGAGAAGGCAAACCCUUCAAGGCCAAGUACAAGCUCAUCAAUCACAUCCGUGUGCACACCGGAGAGAAGCCGUUCCCCUGCCCCUUUCCCGGCUGCGGGAAAGUCUUCGCCCGCUCAGAGAACCUCAAGAUUCACAAGCGCACUCAUACAGGGGAGAAGCCCUUUAAAUGUGAAUUCGAUGGAUGUGACCGGAAGUUUGCCAAUAGCAGUGACAGAAAGAAACAUUCCCAUGUCCAUACCAGUGAUAAGCCCUACUACUGUAAGAUUCGAGGCUGUGACAAAUCCUAUACACACCCUAGCUCUUUGAGGAAGCACAUGAAGAUCCAUUGCAAGUCUCCUCCACCUUCUCCUGGUGCCCUUGGUUACCCAUCGAUGGGGACCCCAAUAGGAGCCCCCUUGUCUCCUGUCCUGGACCCAGCCAGGAGUCGUUCUGCCACUCUUUCCCCUCAGGUCACCAAUCUCAAUGAGUGGUAUGUUUGUCAGGCCAGUGGAGCCCCGAACCACCUCCAUACACCUUCCAGCAAUGGAACCACUUCAGAAUCAGAAGAUGAAGAUAUUUAUGGAAACUCGGAUGCUGCAAGAACUAUUCACUAG